UACGGGAAUCAGCAAGGACUGACCCGCUGCUGGUGCGCGCGGUAUGGGAACGCCAGACGCCGUCGCCCUGGCGGCCUGCCUGCUUUGAUAACCGCCACCCCUCUUUCCAACAAGCUCCGAACUCGCCCGGGGGCCUGGAAACACUAAUCCCUUCGGAAGCGGUCGACGGGGACAGGAUGUGCGGACGAUGAUGAUGGCAAGAAAGCAAGAUGUCCGCAUUCCCACCUACAACCUUAGCGUGGUGGGCUUAUCCGGCACGGAGAAGGAGAAGGGGCAGUGCGGCAUCGGGAAGUCUUGCCUUUGCAACCGCUUCGUCCGGCCCAGUGCGGACGAGUUUCAUUUGGACCACACUUCGGUUCUCAGCACCAGUGACUUUGGAGGGAGGGUCGUCAAUAAUGACCACUUCCUUUACUGGGGCGAAGUGGCACGCUCCCUGGAGGACUGCGUGGAGUGUAAAAUGCACGUCGUGGAGCAGACCGAGUUUAUCGACGACCAGACUUUCCAGCCUCAUCGCAGCACGGCCCUGCAGCCCUACAUCAAACGGGCUGCGGCGACCAAACUCGCCUCGGCUGAAAAACUCAUGUACUUUUGCACUGAUCAGCUGGGGCUGGAGCAGGACUUUGAACAGAAACAGAUGCCGGAUGGAAAGCUGCUGGUUGACGGCUUUCUGCUCUGCAUCGACGUUAGCAGGGGCAUGAACAGGAACUUUGACGAUCAGCUCAAAUUUGUUUCCAACCUUUACAAUCAGCUCGCAAAAACGAAAAAGCCCAUUGUGGUGGUGCUGACCAAGUGCGACGAAGGGGUGGAGCGGUACAUUCGAGAUGCCCAUACUUUUGCCUUAAGCAAAAAGAACCUCCAGGUGGUGGAGACGUCUGCUAGAUCCAAUGUGAACAUUGACUUGGCCUUCAGCACCUUAGUGCAGCUAAUCGAUAAAAGCCGGGGAAAGACUAAAAUUAUCCCCUACUUUGAAGCUUUGAAACAGCAAAGCCAACAGAUAGCUGCCGCUAAAGACAAGUAUGAGUGGCUGGUCAGCCGCAUUGUCAAGAACCACAACGAGACGUGGUCGAACGUGAGCCGCAAGAUGCAGUCCUCGCCAGAGUAUCAGGAUUACGUGUAUCUGGAAGGGACGCAGAAAGCCAAGAAGCUCUUCCUGCAGCACGUCCAUCGCCUCAAGCAGGAGCACAUAGAGCGCCGACGGAAGAUGUAUCUCGCCAUGCUUCCGCAAGCCUUCGAAGCGCUCAUCCCGGACCUGGACGAGAUCGAUCACUUGAGCUGCGUGAAGGUCGAGAAACUGUUGGAGACGAAGCCCGACUUCUCAAAAUGGUUCGUCGUCCUCGAAGAGACCCCCUGGGACGCCACGAGCCACAUAGACAACAUGGAAAACGAACGCAUUCCUUUCGACCUGAUGGAGACUCAGCCCGCCGAGCAGCUUUAUGAAGCUCACUUGGAAAAGCUGAGGAAUGAGAGGAAAAGAGCGGAAAUGAGGAGAGCUUUCAAGGAGAACCUGGAGACUUCCCCCUUCAUAACGCCCGGGAAGCCUUGGGAGGAGGCGCGCAGUUUCAUCAUGAACGAGGAUUUUUACAUGUGGCUGGAGGAAUCUAUUUAUAUGGAUAUCUACAGCAAGCACCAAAAACAGAUUAUCGAGAAGGCCAAGGAAGAGUUUCAGGAGCUGCUCUUGGAGUAUUCGGAACUGUUUUAUGAACUGGAACUUGACGCUAAACCGAGCAAGGAGAAAAUGGGCGUCAUCCAAGACGUUUUGGGAGAGGAGCAACGAUUUAAAGCUUUGCAAAAGCUGCAGGCGGAGCGGGACGCCCUUAUUUUGAAACACAUCCAUUUUGUGUAUCACCCAACGAAGGAAACCUGCCCCAGCUGCCCGCUUUGCAUAGACUCAAAAAUCGAGCACUUGAUCAGUUCCCGCUUCAUUAGACCGUCGGAGCGCAAUCAGAAAAACUUGCUUUCCGAUUCCAAUAUCGAUAGGAUUAAUCUGGUGAUUCUGGGUAAAGAUGGCCUGGCACGGGAGCUGGCCAACGAGAUCCGGGCUCUUUGUACGAACGACGACAAGUACGUGAUAGAAGGCAAAAUGUACGAGCUGUCCUUGCGGCCCAUCGAGGGCAACGUCCGGCUGCCCGUCAACUCCUUUCAGACGCCCACGUUUCAGCCUCACGGCUGCCUUUGCCUUUACAACUCGAAGGAGUCGCUGUCCUACGUGGUGGAGAGCAUCGAGAAGAGUCGGGAGUCGACCAUCGGCAGAAGGGAUAACCACCUGGCCCACCUCCCUCUGACGCUCAUCCUCGUCAACAAGAGGGGAGACACCAGCGGCGAGACGCUGCACAGCUUGAUACAGCAAGGGCAGCAGAUCGCGAGCAAGCUGCAGUGCGUCUUUCUCGACCCCGCGUCCGCCGGCAUCGGCUACGGCCGGAACAUCAACGAGAAGCAAAUCAGCCAAGUGUUGAAGGGCUUGUUGGACUCGAAGCGCAACUUGAACCUGGUGAGCUCUACCUCCAGCAUCAAGGAGCUGGCCGACGUCGACCUGCGGAUCGUCAUGUGCCUCAUGUGCGGAGACCCCUUCAGCGCGGACGAUAUCCUCGUGCCGAUUCUGCAGUCCCCGACGUACCGACCCGCCCAGUGCGCGAGCAGCAGCUCCGUCCUGCUCGAACUGUCCAUAGGGCCGCACAGGCGGCGCGUCGAGCUCUCCAUCCUUUCGUACCAUUCCUCGUUCAGCGUUCGGAAAAGCCGCUUGGUGCACGGGUACAUCGUGUUUUACUCGGCCAAGCGGAAGGCGUCCUUGGCCAUGUUACGUGCCUUUCUUUGCGAAGUGCAGGAUAUCAUCCCCAUACAGAUCGUGGCGCUCACCGACGGCUCCAUCGACAUCCUCGACAACGACUUGAGCAGGGAGCAGCUCACCGAGGGAGAGGAGAUCGCCCAGGAGAUCGACGGCAAGUUCACCACGAUACCCUGCAGCCAGCCGCAGCACAAGCUCGAGAUCUUCCACUCCUUCUUCAAAGACGUGGUGGAGAAAAAAACCAUCAUCGAGGCCACGCACAUGUACGACAACGUCGCCGAAGCGUGCAGCACGACGGAGGAGGUGUUCAACUCGCCUCGAGCCGGCUCCCCUCUCUGCAACUCCAACCUCCAGGAUUCAGAGGAGGAUAUCGAGCCGCCGUCCUACAGCCCGUUCAGGGAGGACACGUCCCUGCCUGCCUUGCCCAAAGAUCACUCGAAGCUUUCCAUGGAGCUGGAGGGGAACGACAGUUUGUCUUUCAUUUCGGUUAUGAACACUUUUGAAAGCAAGUUGAACAACAAAGUACCUCCUCCGGUGAAACCAAAGCCCCCGGUGCAUUUUGACAUUACCAAGGGGGAUCUGUCGUAUUUGGACCAAGGGCACAGAGACGGCCAGCGGAAAUCCGUGUCUUCGAGCAGCUGGCUGCCCACCGACGGCUUCGAUCCGUCCGACUACGCCGAGCCCAUGGACGCCGUGGUCAAGCCGAGGAACGAGGAGGAGAACAUCUACUCGGUGCCUCACGACAGCACCCAAGGCAAGAUCAUCACCAUCCGCAACAUCAACAAGGCGCAGUCCAACGGCAGCGGCAACGGCUCCGACAGCGAGAUGGACACGAGCUCCCUGGAACGGGGCCGGAAGGUGUCCGCCGUCAGCAAGCCGGUUUUGUAUCGGACGCGGUGCGCCCGCCUGGGCAGGUUCGCCAGCUACCGGACCAGCUUCAGCGUCGGCAGCGACGAUGAGUUGGGACCCAUCCGGAAGAAGGAGGAGGAUCAGACCUCCCAAGGAUAUAAAGGCGAUAAUGCCGUUAUUCCCUACGAAACGGCCGACGGGGAGGAUCCGAGGAGGAGGAACAUCUUGCGGAGCUUGAGGAGGACGACGAAGAAACCAAAGCCUAAACCUCGGCCGUCCAUCACAAAGACUACGUGGGAAAGCAACUAUUUCGGGGUGCCUUUGACCAAUGUAGUGACUCCAGAGAAACCCAUCCCCGUCUUUAUCGAGAGAUGCAUCGAGUACAUCGAAGCGACAGGCUUGAGCACGGAGGGCAUCUACCGGGUGAGCGGCAACAAGUCGGAGAUGGAGAGCCUGCAGCGCCAGUUCGAUCAAGGUAACGUCCGCUCCCCGGACGGCGUCACGCCGCGCGGAUAAA